CAGCAAGCAGUAGCGCGCAUCUCGAAAACGAGGCGAUAGUUCGCAGUCAAUUCGAAGCCCCAAAACCCAAAGCAGACAAAAAUCAUUCAACAACGUUGGGUGAACUUUGCAAAGUUGUGAUAUCAGUACACGGGAAUUUCUGGAAUUUUGGAGCACGGAAGAACACUAAGCUGCCUCAGACACGUUUAGUGUUCGCCAGCUUGUGCCAAACAGUACUUCGACAGCCACGCCGGUGCGUGUGAAAUCUAACUUGCCGUGCAAAGUGAAUUGUAUUGCCUGAAUCAGAGAAGAAUCAAACUUCAGUAAACUGAUCGAAUCGAAGAUCGUCUAGACGAAACGCAAGCAAAGAAGGGAGUGUCGAAAGUGGUAGUGCCGUGCCGUGUAAAGAUGAGUGGUGGAUUCUUCUUUGAGCACAUCGUCGAGUUCCUGCUGCCGAAGCAGCAAACCCAGAAGGAAGCCGAUGUGGCGAAGUUCCCAGCCCAGUCAGUGAUGAGGAAAUAGUUUGGAAUUUUUGUUCACACAUACUGUUUUUAGUUUUAAUCGGAAACGUUACCGUUUUGGUGUGCAGUUCACGAUAUCCGCAAGUACAUUUGAGUGUGACGUACGCUCCGUCCAGGAGAAAACAAAACGGGAGGUAAAGAUGUUGAAAAAGUACGUGCUCAAACUGACCAACACGAUCGGUACGGUCGACUAUCUGAAGCGCCGUUCAUCCACACCGACGGAAGUGAUCCGCCAGCAACAGCAGCAGCAACAGCAACAGAACCAACAACAGCCAGAAAACCUUUCUACGUCGCAGAAAGGCUUCGGGAAGUUUUCGCGCAAUGGCCGGAAAUGUUUGCGGCGACGUUUCUCGAGCAUCUCGUCCGCCGACAGUGGCAUCCUGGAGGAGAUCGAUCAGGAGGACGAGCUGCAGGCACAGCUACAGCAGCGCCAGGAGCAGCACCUGCUACAGAUGAAGGAGAAGCAACUGCUGCUGAAGGAGGAGCAAGAGGAGACUGACUCCGCGAUAACGACACCCACAUCGGAGGAAACGGAGCACGAUCUUGCAAGCCGUUUUCCAACGACCCUCGAUACGUCGCUGCUGGCAGUGCCGGUAGCACAGAUCAUCAUCUCCACUGCGAUAGCGGAACUCCGGACCGCACUGCUGUUCUAUCCAUGGUUCCACGGCAAUCUGUCCGCUAAGGAGGCGGAAAAGCUUAUCCUAGAACGCGGCAAGAAUGGUUCGUUUCUAGUGCGUGAAUCUCAAAGCAAGCUCAGUGAUUUCGUGCUUUCGGUCCGGGCGGACGACAAGGUGACGCACGUCAUGAUUCGAUGGCAUGAAAAAAUGUACGACGUUGGCGGUGGACAAAAGUUUGCUACCUUGUGCGACCUGAUCGAACACUACAAGCGCAACCCGAUGGUGGAAACGUGCGGUACCGUCGUCCAUCUGCGGCAACCGUUCAAUGCGACGCGCAUCACGGCGGCCGGCAUCAACGAUCGGGUCGAGCAGUUGCAGCGCGAAAACGGUGGCCAAUCGUACGGCAAGGGCGGAUUCUGGGAGGAGUUUGAAUCUCUGCAGCAGCAGGAAUGUCGGCACACGUUUUCGCGCCGCGAAGGCCAACGGAACGAGAACCGCGCCAAGAAUAGAUAUAAGAACAUUUUACCAUUUGAUCAUACCCGGGUGAAGCUGAAAGACGUGGACAGUUCGCUACCGGGUGCCGACUACAUUAAUGCCAACUACAUCCGUCAACCGACCGAGGCGGAGCAGUGUGAUAUGAGCUCGUCGUCGGAAAAUUUGGCCCAACCGAACGGUUGCACCGGGAGCUCGCAACCGAACGCCACCAACAACAACGGCACCAACGGUAGCAACAUCUCGUCGGCGUACAGUGCCGGGUCGGGUCAGCCGACAAAAAAUUGUUCCAGCUGUCAGCUGCUCAACAAACCCUGCUCCCAGUGCUCCCUAAAGGCCAACAGCGAGAUGAAACACAAACGCAACGAAUCGAUCACAUCCCGAAUGCAGUUGCAGCAACAAUCACCCCACAAGCGGGACGAGAAGGACAUGUUCAAGACGUACAUCGCGACGCAAGGAUGCCUCACCAACACGAUACAGGACUUCUGGAACAUGAUCUGGCAGGAGAAUACGCGCGUCAUCGUCAUGACAACCAAAGAGAUGGAACGGGGCAAGAAGAAAUGCGAAAAGUACUGGCCCGAUCCGCAACAAAGCAAAGAAUGGGGGUACGCGCGGGUGCGGUGCCUGAGCGAGACGAGUACAGCCGACUAUACGCUUCGCGAGUUCCUGCUGUCGUGGCGUGGGCAGGAGGAUCGCAAAAUCUACCAGUACCACUUCCAGGUAUGGCCCGACCAUGGCGUUCCGGGUGAUCCAGGUUGUGUGUUGAACUUCCUGCAGGACGUGAACACGCGCCAGGCCCAGCUGCAGCUGGAGGGAUUGACACCUGGUCCAAUUUGUGUACAUUGCUCGGCUGGCAUCGGGCGAACUGGAACGUUUAUAGUGAUCGAUAUGAUUUUGGAUCAAAUUCUGCGUCAAGGUCACGAAUGUGAAAUUGACAUCCAGCGGACGAUCCAGAUGGUGCGCUCGCAACGGUCCGGCAUGGUGCAGACGGAAGCUCAAUACAAGUUCGUCUACUUUGCCGUCCAGCACUAUAUACAGACGCUGCUGCAGCGGAAGCAGGCCGAAAAGCAGAGCCUGCAAGUGGGCCGCGAGUAUACCAACAUAAAAUCUACGUCUGACUCACAGUUACCAUUGCCACGAACUGUGAAUGAUUUAAACAACUCAUUAUCAGUAUAUGAGAACAUUCGUGUACCACCGCCAACACCACCGAGAAAAUCAUGACAAAUGGAUUUUUAAACCCUUUUUAAGGCAAAUGCUGUGAAAACAACCACCACUCCCUCUCCCCCUCGACCCCUGGUCUUUAUACAUCAUGGACAUGUUUUCCAUAAAUCUAUUCUAACCUCCCCCUAUUCCCCCUUGUGUGUGACACCAUUAGGACGUUCUUCGUUGAUGUGAAGCUUAAAGACACGUUCGAAGUGUGGGUGUGUUUUUUUUCUUUUCCGUUGCAAUGCAAACAGUACAGUUUAAGGGCGUUUUCCACGCACUUUGGCGCAGUUUUGUAUAGUUUUGUUUUAGAAGUGUGCUGUAUAUGAUUAUGUUUAUGUAUAUGCUACUGCAAAGGUACAAUGUGAUGUGUUUAUUCUGUUAUCUGACUAUAUGUUACGGCGUUAAGCAAAGGCGAUGGUAGAGAGAGGGAUCGUACACAUUCAAUUCCUGUAGGCACACCAUCGUAGCGAGUAAAAUGCGCCUAGUGGUUGCAAAAUGCAGUAAAAACUAAUUGGAACCUUUAAAGCUACUAAUAACACACGCAAAAUUCGAUGAUAAUAGAUAGGACCGGUUGAUUAAUGGUUGUCGAUUCAGUUUUUAGGAUAUAUUGUUGCAUUUCUGUAUCGUUGUACAUCGUUGGAUCUAGAACCGUGUUACGCAUAUGAAGCGAAGGAUAAUGCGCACACAUAAUCUGGUCUCGCUGAUUGAGCGCGUGUGCGCGCGCCGAUACACAGUUGUUUAGCGUAAGUGUGCUUCAGCUUUGAUUGUGAAUCUUAGCGCGAGAAACGAAUGCAAAUAUUCGUGGUUUUCUUGUGUUUUUUUUUUUCACAUGAAUUGAUUAGAUAUUUGUUUCCUCAAGUCCUUUUGCACAGUGCUCUGUGUGUACAAUGGAUAAAAGGACAUCCACUUUACGCGUUACGUGCCGCGUAACGUUACGGUGGGCGUGAUAUGCAAACGCACCGCGGCAUGUGCGUAAAUGUGUAACGCUUUUUGAAGAUAAAAAUGCCUAUUCUUCAGCGAAACAUGGUAUACUAAAUACUGAAACUAAAACAAAUACAGAUAAACUGCGUAGCGUUGAUAAGACGUACUAUAUAUACAUAUGUAAAAGGAUAAGGAAUAGAAUAGAACAGAACAAAUUACACUUGAAUAGUCGAUUUCGAAUUUUGACUAUGGAAAUAUGCAAAUCAAAUCAUCAGUAACAGACAAAAUAGACUUCUAUUUUUAUAAACUGACAAAAUCUUAUAGAGAGAAAACAAACAAACAAACAUACAUACAAAACAGAGAACACUAUUUGUUGCGUAAACACUAUUCAAAUGGAGAUUAUGAUAGAAAACCGGAAUACAGGAAAUCCGACAGUGGGAGAUACAGUGGUUAGCAUGGGGUUUGAAAGAGAGUGGAAAACAAUAUAUGUGUAAUAUCAUCGCCAAAGGAGGAGGUACAAUUGCGGAUACACGCUAUAGAUUUGUUGUAGAUUGCGAGAUGCCUAGUGAAGGAAAUUCAGGACCAGAAAUCACAAAAAAAGACAUGAUCGAAGCGAGUGGAACGCAUGUCCUAAUGACACGUACACAUUACUGUACACGCACACACAAUGCAGACAAGAGAGUUUGUUGCAUCCAGAAACAAAUGCACGUAAUACGUUUUAUUUUUAAACAUCAGUACAUCUAUUAUGCGUCUGUACAUUUAUUGUUGUUAGCAUCACAUUGACAAGAGGGGAACGUGUAGCGACGUUGUUUGCUUCCCAACUUGCCGAACAAUUGUUCUAUGUAAUCUGGCUAUCUCUCUGUGUAGGUUCCCGAAAAAGGCUUCCAUGUUAUACGUUGUAAGCGUUUCGACGCAACCAUAUGAUCGGUCUCCCAUCACCACAUAGUUGUAAGUCGUUACACACGUUAAAUGGCGGCAACAGGGACAAUUUGUGUAAAAGGCUAACACACUCAACUAGGAUAACGUUGCUUUAAGCGUGUGUUGUACAGAUCUUUCUGCACUAAUCUGCUGUAAUCAUUCUAAUUUUAAUUAUCGUUUGUAUUGGUUUCUUUGCAACCUUUAAACUUUUUUUUUGUUGCUUAUACAGCAAGCAUUGUUGGGAAUUUGGCCGAUGAUGGCUGUUGUUACACGGAGCAACCUCUACUCUAUUUUGUUCUUUUAUGCUUAACACACCUUUGUUAUACAUAGCUUGUUAAAUAGUCAGUUUUACAACAAUCGCAGUGGUAAACUCAUUUUAUCGGAUUUGAAACUUUAUAAAAGUUAGACGUUAUCAUUAUCCUCGAAAAAAGUGUAAGGGCGGACAGACAAAAACUAAAGCUGAAUGUGAUGUAGCGUUAAACGACGACGAACAGAGACAUUUGCCGAAAGUCUUAUAUAAAGGGGAAAGCGAAUUGGAGGUUAUGUUUCGUUUUCGCGCAUUGUUUCUUUUUUUUUCUAUCCAUCCAAUCCUUCUUCCCUUUUUUAAGAAACACGGAUACAAAAUCAAACACUGUACCGUCUCUGUACUAAUGAAACGCACGAUGAAGAAGGAAGGACGAGAGUGAACAAAAGAUAAAUAAAAAAAACACACUUCCAAGUAAACCACUCUACAUCCAAAUACGAUAAAAGAAAUUGACAAAAACGUAGUAAGAAAUAAAUGGAUUCGUGCGCGUGGUAAAUUAUGUUCGCUCAGCGCAGGCCAAUUAAUUGAAUGAAACCAAUCUGAGAACUAGACAUACAAAUAGGCACACAGUUACACAAUAAACAAUAAUAAACGUUAUUGUAUG